CACAGACUCACACACACACACACAGACUCUCACAGAAUCACACACACGCUCACACAGACUCACACACACACACACAGACUCACACACACACACACAGACUCUCACACACACACAGACUCUCUCACACAGUCACAGACUCUCACAGACUCACACACACAGACUCACACACACUCUCACAGACUCACACACACAGACACCCACUCUCACAGACUCACACACACACACACUCUCACACACACACACAGACUCACACACACGCUCACACUGACUCACACACACACACAGACUCUCACAGACUCACACACACCCUCACAGACUCACACACACACACACUCUCACACACAUACACAGACUCACACACACACACACACACACAGACUCACACACACACACAGACUCACACACACACACAGACUCUCUCACACACACACAGACUCACACACACACACACACACAGACUCACACACACUCUCACAGACUCACACACACACACAGACUCUCUCACACAGACACAGACUCUCACAGACUCACACACACAGACUCACACACACUCUCACAGACUCACACACACAGACACACACUCUCACAGACUCACACACACACACUCUCACACACACACACAGACUCACACACACGCUCACACUGACUCACACACACACACCCUCACAGACUCACACAGACUCUCACAGACUCACACAGACUCUCACAGACUCACACAGACUCUCACAGACUCACACACACUCUCACAGACUCUCACAGACUCACACACACACACACUCUCAGAGUCUCACGCACACACUCACAAACUCGCUCAAUCACUCACUCGCGUUUCGGGAAAGAAAGAAACAGCACAGCAGAACUUUCUGAGGAUGUCUCUUCCGAACUUCCCAAUCCCGAACCUCGACACCACUCUGCAGGAAGCUGGGCGGGUGCUGGGGCUGAUCCUGCCCCUGGAGGAGUUCCAGAGAUACCAGAGCGCCCUCCGGAGGCAGGAGGCCGAACUGCAGGAGAUCCACGUCCGAUUCACAGCCCGGGCGACCGGCCGGGAAAACUGGGGAACGGAGGAGUUUAAGAGUCGCCUCCUCUCCUGCCCCAACCCCAUCCCCACCUCCACCGCCCUCCCCGUGCUCCUGCAGCCCUCCGCGGUCCAGGGGACCCCCCAACUGGAGGGGGGACCCCAGCUAGCCCGGGCCGCUGCCCUGCUCUGGGCCGCGGCCAAGAUCCACAGCGACCCCCGGCUUCUAGAAGGAGACGCAGCGCUGGAGCAGACCCAGAGAUCAGAGCUGUUCUCAGCGUGCAGAGAGCCGGGAGAGACCAGGGAUCAGAUCAAGAUCUACCCUGACAGUCUGCACGCAGCCCUGCUCUAUCAAGGCUCUGCGUUCCCCCUGCAGCUCCUGUCCCAGGCUGGGGACCCCCUCCCGCUCCCCCAGAUCCACAGCCAGCUGCUGGGUGCCGUGAGGACCCCUCCCGGGGCGUCCCUGCCGCUGCCUGCUUCCCCGUGCAGCCUGACUGCCCUGGAGAGACCUGUCUGGCACGCUCUGCGAGAGGACCUGCUGUCCCGGGGGGCGGGGGGGUCCCUGAGGACCCUGGAGAGCGCUGUGCUGGCGCUGGCGCUGGAGGACUGUCCCUCCCCGGACCCCCGGGACCCCACGGCCGCGCUGACGAGCAUCCGACUGGGGAGCCCCGAGACGAGAGGCAUGAGGCACUACGACAAGGUGUUGAAUCUGGUUGUGUUCUCUGAUGGUUCAGCGGGGCUCCUGUUUGAACACAGUGCGGUGGACGGCAUGGUAGCCGGGCUGCUGGCUCAGGCGGUGUGGAGCCUCUCCGAGGAGGAACUCCGAAAACAACCCGCCCCUCCAGAAACGACCGCCCCCCUCCCCCUGGUCCAGCCCCUGGAGUUCUCCCUGGAAGCCCCGCCCAGCCCCCGCGCCGCCCCCCCCUCCACUCGCACCUCCUGCUUCGAGUACCGCCCCGCGUCGGACGUCCUGCCUGUGCUGAGGGGGUCCAGGGGGCUGCUGGACGCCUGGAUCACCUUCUCACUGCAGCUAGGACUGAAGCGAGCCUUCAGCGAGGAGGAGGAGGGGAGCGGGGCCUUCCUCAUGGUCACCCCCACCCACGUGAGGCACUUCAAACACGGGCGCUGUAACCCCACCUACAGCCUGAGCCGGGGGUCCCUGGAUCUGCUGGGGGCCCUUCUCUCGAAGGAGGAGGAGGAGGAGGAGGAGGGGGAGACUCGGCUGCUCUCGCUCUUCUCUCGGGCCCUCGCGGAGCACAAGAGCCUCAUCAAAGCCACCAAGAAGGGCCGCGGGGUGGGGCCCCACUUAGCAGCCUUGCGAUGCAGCCUGGGGGAGGGCAGCGAGCUGAAGGGGUUCCUGGACCGAUUCGGACGCCCCUCGGUCUACCUGACGGGACAGGACUUGGUGGGAGGCGUGGACAGCGCCGUGGGGAACGUCUACGCUCAAGACCAGCUGGCGGUCACCUACCUGGGAAAGGAAGACAAGGUCUGCCUGGCCAUGUCUGGAAAAGGAAGCUUUGCCCGCAAACUGGGGGGCAUCCAGGGGGGGUUUAGGGACGCCAUGGACGUGGUGGCAAAGCUGGCGUUGAAGUACGCCCUGGCGAGCCAGAGGGGGGCGCUGGAGAGCUCCCCUCAAGUCUAGUAUUAGUAUUAUUAUUAUUAUUACUAAUAUUGAAAUGUUCAGUUACCAUGCCUUUAAUAAAUGUAUUGAACGCUUCAUUAUAAAGUUACUGCAUGCAUAACGUGACACAUGCGUCAUU